AUGAAAUUCUUUGGUAGAAGAGCUAGUGCCACUGAAACUUAUGGGGAGGAAUAUCUACAAUUACAAAUGACCGUAACUUACUUGAAUACCACGCCCAAGACCCCAGUUUAUCAUAAGCCUCCAUUAGAGAGAUUUGCCACUACAAACAUAUUUGUUUUGAUCCCAGGAAACCCCGGAUUGGUAGAUUUUUACAUAUCGUAUUUGGACUCAAUACGUAAACACUUUCCUCAGUUCGAAACCUUAUGUAUUGGUCACGUUGGAUUUCUAGAUUCAACCAAGAGAAAAACCUACGAUGUUUCCUAUCAAAUUGAACACAAAUAUGAUGUUUUGAAACAGUUGAUCUUAACUAAGAAUGAAUCUAACAUAAUUCCCAAUUUAUAUUUUUUGCAUCAUUCAAUGGGGUCUUUUGUUUAUCAACGCACAAUCAGAAGAUUGUACCACGAUAAGAAUUUGAAUGGGAAAUUCAAUAUCAAGUUUAGUGGGUUUGUUACCCCAACGAUUCACAAUAUUUCUGCUUCGUCCUCGGGAAGGGUAUUGUCUGGAUUAAUGCAAAAGAAAGUUCCGAUCGUCAGUAUUGUGCUUGUCUUCAGGUUUUUUGUUAGUUUAAUUCCUGCAUUAAUUUUGCGCAAACUCUUGUACUAUCAUUUAUUAGGAAACAAAACUGGUAAUGGAUUUGAAAACUCUGUUGAAGGUGCUUAUAAAAUAGUAAAAUCGGGAACUGUGGUUAAGCAAGCAUUAGAAAUGGCAAAGGAAGAAAUGUUGGUUAUAGAUACACAAGACGACAUCAACGACUGGUACUUUAAGCAUUCAGACAAUGGUAUCAAAAACUGGUUAUUUUUCGCUAGAGAUGAUCACUGGGUUGCUAAUGAAACUAGAGAAUAUUUGAUUAAUAAAUAUGGCAACAGUGAUAAUACAAUCUGCGAAGUAUGUGAUGAUGAGGUUAAUCCUAUCAGCCACAGUUUCUGUGUUGCUCAGAGUGAGCAAUUUGCCAAUAUUACUGUAGAACGAAUCAAAGAAAUUUGUAACGUAGAUUUAGAUUAG